GAAAAAAGAACAGUAUACUUUAACCCUCAGUGCCCGCUGUAUGUUAUGUAACUACUCAAUGUGUAAGCUAUAUUAUGUAUGCGUUAUGAUUGUUGUUUGGCGUCGAACGAGUCAAAACAUAUUCCGCCAUUCAAAAUGAUAUGGCGAUUCUAAUGACAAAUUUGUUUUUUCUGUACGGGAUUUAUGUUCUUCUUAUUAUCGGUCAGACCGCAUUGAGUUCACAUGAUCAGAGUGAUAUCGCUGAGAGUGACAAUGUCGUCUUCGAAACCAGCUUGUCACUCACUGACAUACUACCGAUCAAUCCAAAGAACUACGACAAAAACCGUGCGCCAAAAGUACAAGGGCAACCGACUAUUGUAUACUUCCACGUCACCGUUCUGUCUUUGGAUUCCAUUAACGAAGAAUCCAUGGUAAACCUAAAUAUAAACGUUACACGACUAACGCUACAACGUUUACUAUUGACGUUGGUAUUAUCGUGUGCAAUGAAAUUUGAAUCGUAUCCACAUGACACACAGAUAUGUUCUAUGAUGAUCGAAAGUCUGUCUCACACAACUCACGAUUUGGUUUUUAUAUGGAAUAUGACAGAUCCAUUGGUGGUAAAUCCAGAUAUCGAGUUGCCUCAACUCGAUAUAUCAAACAAUAUAACUACCGAUUGCACAAUAGAAUACUCAACAGGGAAUUUCACAUGUUUGGCCGUGAUGUUCAAUUUACGAAGACGAUUAGGGUACCAUUUAUUCCACACGUACAUUCCAUCGGCGCUCAUCGUUGUCAUGUCGUGGAUUUCGUUUUGGAUAAAACCCGAGGCCAUACCAGCUAGAGUGACGUUGGGUGUGACUUCUCUAUUGACACUUGCCACUCAAAACACUCAGUCACAACAGUCUCUGCCACCUGUAUCAUACGUAAAAGCUAUCGACAUAUGGAUGUCUUCGUGUUCGAUUUUCGUUUUUCUGUCCUUAAUGGAAUUCGCCGUCGUGAAUAACUACAUGGGACCGGUGGCGACCAAAGUGAUGAAAGGAUACUCAGAAGAAGACAUCCGAGGAGGCGACGAUUUCAAGGUAUAUACACCAAUGCUCAAAAUGGACUGGAACGCAACGGAACGGCGUUCUGGUUCGUAA